GAUACUCCCGCAUGUGACCCCUCGCUGUGCCCUCCUCUCCCCUCCCCGUUUACGAGUCAUGAUGGCGGAACUGUAAGACUUCGGGACGAGCUGGAGUGCACCGCCCGUCCUCGUUGAACAAGUGUACAUAGUAAUUUAUUUAUUCGGCCAAAUUUUACAUCCUCCUCCCUCCCGCUAUGACCCGCUGGAUUCCUACUAAGAAGGAGAAGUACGGCGUCGCAAUCUACAAUUAUGACCCCCGUGGCGAGCAGCAGCUGUGUCUACAAGUGGGGGACACGGUGCACAUACUUGAGAAGUUGGAAGGCUGGUAUAGGGGCUACACUCUCAGAAAGAAAGCACAGAAGGGCAUUUUCCCAGCUUCCUACAUCCACUUAAAAGAGGCCACAGUCGAGGGAAUAGGACAACAGGAAAUAAUUAUUCCAGCAGAUUUACCCUUGGUGCAGGAGACGGGGGCUACACUCAGGGAAUGGGUGCAGAUAUGGCAAAAACUCUAUGUGGCAAACAAGAUAACCCUGUUCAGGAGCUUGCAGCAGAUGGCCUACAGCCUCAUCGAAUAUCGAUCUCAGAUAGUGUCAGGAACGCUGCCCAAGGAUGACCUUGUGGAGCUCGAGAAGAAAGUUGCAGCAAAGAUUGAUUAUGGAAACCGGAUUUUAGGGUUGGAUUUGGUUGUUCGAGAUGAAGCAGGGAACAUGCUGGAUCCUGACCGGACCAGUACCGUCAGCCUGUUUCGGGCCCACGAGACGGCUUCCCGCAGCGUGGACAACAGAAUACAGGAAGAGAAGACGAGACUGCAAAACCUUGAAAUGAGGCGGCAGACCCUGUUCAGCUCGGUGCACACCUACAGUCUCCUCAUGAACCUGAAAAACUUUGUGUGCAACAUCGGAGAAGAUGCUGAGCUGCUCAUGUCUCUCUACGAUCCUGACCAGUCAGAAUUUAUCAGCGAGAACUUCCUGGUGCGCUGGGACAGUAUGGGAAUGCCUAAGGAAAUUGAAAAACUCAACAACCUGCCAGCCUUAUUCACGGACCUGAGCAGCAGCGAUCUGAUGAGGCAGCGGCUCUUCCUGGUGUGUCAGAUCAUCAGAGUGGGCAGCAUGGAGCUCAAGGAUGGCAAAAAGCAAACGUGUGGCUUGAGGAGGCCGUUUGGUGUGGCUGUGAUGGACAUAACAGAUAUCGCCCAUGGCAAAAUAGAUGAUGAGGACAAACAGCAUUUCAUCCCGUUUCAGCAGAUAGCCAUGGAAACCUACAUCCGCCAGAGGCAGCUUAUCAUGUCUCCGCUCAUCCCUUCCCGAGUCAUAGGAGAGAACGAGCCGCUCACAGCUGUCUUUAACAAAGUCAUUGCCACGCGGGAGGUCAAUCAUAAAGGCCAGGGGCUGUUUGUGACCCUGAAGCUCCUCCCGGGAGACCUCGUUCAAGUCAGGAAGGACUUCCCCCACUUUGUAGACCGCAGCACGGUGAUCGUCAGGAAAAUGGGCUUCCCAGAAAUCAUCCUCCCAGGAAAUGUUAGGAAUGAUAUUUAUGUGACCUUGCUUCAAGGGGAGUUUGACCGAGGGAAAAAAAAGACCCCGAAAAAUGUAGAGGUUAUUCUCAGCAUUCAUGAUGAUGAAGGCAAUCCAAUGGAGAAAGCAAUCUUUCCUGGGGCCGGCUAUGAUGGUAUAACAGAGUACAAGUCUGUCAUUUACUAUCAGGUGAAACAGCCUUGUUGGAAUGAAACAGUAAAGGUGACAAUUCCCAUUGAAGACGUGUGCCGCUGCCACAUGAGGGUGAUGUUCCGACACAGAUCCUCCCAGGAAUCCAGGGACAAAUCAGAGAAGCCCUUUGGGAUGGCGUUCGUCAAGCUAAUGAAAGGAGAUGGGACCACGCUGAAAGAUGGCAGGCAUGAGCUUAUCGUCUAUAAGGUUGACGUGAAAAAGGCAGAAGAUGCAAAGGUUUAUCUCACCCUGCCAACAACCUGGGUUGAAGUGGAGCAAAUUCAGAAGCAAACUGCAAAGCAGUUCCACCAUUCAGGGGUUAUUCCAGUGACUAAAGACAGUUUCCAGAUCGCAACGCUCACCUGCUCCACUAAGCUCACUCAGAACGUGGAUCUGCUCGGUUUGUUAAACUGGAGAUCUAAUCCUGAGGAUCUUGACCAGAUUUUGCAAAGGCUCAUGGAAGUGGAAGGAGGGGAGAUUGUCAAAUUUCUCCAGGAUACUCUUGAUGCACUAUUCAACAUCAUGAUGGAGACUUCAGAAAAGGACACCUAUGACACCUUAGUGUUUGAUGCCCUGGUAUUCAUAAUCACACUUAUCGGUGACAUCAAAUUCCAGCAUUUUAAUCCUGUUCUCGAAACUUACAUCAGCAAGCAUUUCAGCGCCACUUUGGCUUACAUGAAGCUAACCAAAGUGCUAAACUACUACGUGGGCCAUGCUGAGAAGCCCACCCUGUCAGAACGGCUCUACGCAGCCCUCAAAGCUCUCAAAUACCUGUUCAGGUUCAUUGUACAGUCCAGAGUUCUCUCUUUCAGAUUUCCUGGGAACAGUGAAGAUCCAGACGCUUUCUUCAACUCUAUACGGAUGCUUUUUCUGUCUUUCAACACACUUAUGGACAGACCUCUGGAUGAGGGAGUGAAGAUAAAGGGGGCAAUAUUGAAAUACCUCCCCAGCAUCAUUAAUGACAUCCAGACUGUGUUUGAUCCCGUCGAGCUCAGCGUUCUCCUUGCAAAGUUCAUUGAGAGCAUCCCUGACUUGCAGUUUGUGCGUCAGAAACUGGGCUGCAUGUGUAAAAUCGUUGAGAGUGACCUUUUCACGCAACCAGACUGUCGCGAUGUGCUCCUGCCACUUGUCAAUGACCAGUUAAGCGGGCAGCUGGAUGACCACUCAAGUAAACCGGACUAUGAGGCCUGUAUCCAACUGCUCAGCACCGUGUUGGACACCCUGGACCGCAAAGAUGUGGGUCCGACCAGAGUCCACAUCCAGCUAAUAAUGGAGCGGCUCCUUCGCAGGGUUAAUCGGACCGUCAUCAGCAUGGACAGAUCCUCCCUGCUCAUUGGCCACUAUCUUGCCUGCAUGACGGCCAUCCUAAAGCAAAUGGAUGACAUGCAUUACACCCACUACAUCAGCACCUUCAAAACGAGACAGGAUAUCAUUGACUUCUUGAUGGAGACAUUCAUUAUGUUUAAGGACCUCAUGGGAAAUGUCUUCCCUGCUGACUGGAUGGUGAUGAACCUGGUGCAGAUGCAGGUCUUCCUGAGGGCCAUCAACCAGUACUCGAAUGUGCUCAACAAGCUUUUCCUGGACCAGGCACACUUUGAACUGCAGCUGUGGAAUAAUUAUUUUCAUUUGACCGUGGCGUUCCUCACUCACAAGACGCUGCAGCUGGAAUCCUUCUCCCAGGAAAAACGAAACAAGAUCCUGAACAAAUAUGGAGACAUGAGGAAGACUAUGGGUUUCAGAAUCCGAGAUAUGUGGUACAACAUCGGCCCCCACAAAAUGAAGUUUAUCCCAUCCAUGGUCGGCCCCAUUCUUGAGGUCACACUGGUGCCAGAGCCAGAGCUCAGGAAGGAUACCAUUCCCAUCUUCUUCGAUAUGAUGCAGUGUGAGCACAACUUCAGCGCAGCGCGCACUUUUGAAAUGUUUGAGAAUGAACUCAUAACAAAAUUGGAUCAAGAAGUAGAAGGAGGUCGAGGAGAUGAACAGUACAAAGUCCUUUUGGAGAAAAUAUUGUUGGAGCACUGCAGACGCCACAGGUACCUGUCCCAGUCUGGAGAGGAGCUGGCUCUGCUGCUGAGCAGCUUGCUGGAGAAUCUCCUGGCAUACCGCACCAUCACACUCGAUGAAAGUCCUGAGCACCGCAUGAGCUGCACUGUCAAUGUGCUGAAUUUCUACAAAGAAAAGAAGAGGGAGGACAUUUAUAUCCGCUAUCUAUACAAGCUGCGAGAUUUGCAUCUGGAUUGCGAAAACUACACAGAGGCUGCAUAUACUCUGCUGCUACAUGCUGAAUUAUUGGAGUGGUCAGACAAAACCUGUGCACUUCAUCUGAUACCUCGAGAUGGGGAGCACGGCUGGACACAACAGGAGCUAAAAGAGAGGCUCUUCCACGAGAUUAUAUGCUACUUGGACAAGGGCAAGAUGUGGGAGAAGGCCAUUGAGCUGGGCAAGCAGCUGGCCAAGAUGCACGAGAGCCACAUGUUUGACUUCAUGGAGCUGAGCGAGCUGCUGAAAAAACAAGCCAAGUUCUAUGAGCAGAUAAUGCACGCAAUGAGGCCACAGCCGGAGUACUUUGCUGUUGGAUAUUAUGGCCUAGGAUUCCCUUCUUUCCUCAGGAACAAAAUGUUCAUCUACCGAGGUAAAGAGUAUGAGUGGCUGGAAGAUUUCAUUUUAAAGCUGCUCUCUCAGUUCCCAAAUGCAGUCCGUAUGACGAGUACAGCGCCCCCUGGAGAUGACAUCUGUAACUCUCCUGGACAGCACAUCCAGUGCUUCAAUGUGAAGCCUGUUCUCACAGUGCCACACCAGUUCAAAGACAAGGGAGUUCCAGAGCAGAUAUUAAACUAUUAUAGAUACAAUGAAGUGGACCAGUUCCAGUACUCCAGGGCCUUUAGGAAAGGUGAAAAGGAUCCAGACAAUGAGUUUGCUACCAUGUGGAUUGAGAGAACCACUUUCAUCACUGCCUACCGCUUCCCUGGGAUUCUCAAAUGGUUUGAAGUCAAAUCCAUCUCAGUGGAGGAGAUCAGCCCAUUAAUGAAUGCCAUAGAAACGAUGGAGAUAGCCAAUGAAAAGCUGAGCAACCUGGUGCAACAGCAGGCCUGCGAUCGGUCACUGUCCAUCAACCCGCUGUCAAUGAUGCUCAGCGGCAUUGUUGACCCCGCCGUGAUGGGCGGCUUCUCCAACUACGAGAAGGCAUUCUUUACUGACACCUACAUCCAAGAGCACCCGGGUGACCACGAACGCAUCGAAGUCCUUAAACAUCUCACCGCCCUGCAGAUCCCUCUCCUGGAAGAUGGAAUUCGCAUCCACGGGGAGAAGACGACGGAGCAGCUGAAGCCCUUACACAAUCAUUUAGUUACUUGCUUCCAAGAUCUUCGAGAGAAAGUGGAGAAGCUUUAUGGCGUCAUAACCCUGCCCUGCUCUCUGACUGAGAAGAAGAAGAGUCGCGUGGGCUCAGUUGUCAUGCCCUACAUCCUGUCUUCCACCCUGCGCCGCAUGUCCACUGCGUCCACCCUGUCAAGCACCUCCUCUGGCCUCUCCAGUGGCUCUGUGUCCUCAGAUGGGCCCUCCUCCCAAGACGUUUCUGUUCUGUCCCGCUCUGAGGAAGACAACAGGAUUGCUCGGAAGAACAGGAAGGAGUGGAGUGUGAGCAAAUCCCAAGUCCUGCUAGAGAAAAAGUCGGACACAGAUGGGGUUUCUCCAGACAGACAGCAGAGACCCAAAAGUUUACAACUAGGUGACAGACGGCUCACCCUCUCACUUUUCCAGGGUGUUUCAUCCCAGCUCAGCCUGUCUAACCAACUCAGCCCGCUUCCCGCCUCCCCAUACACUCCAACCACGCCACGCAGCUCCAGUUAUUCAUCACUCCUCAGCGAAAAUGAUGCCAAUACUAUUGACACCCCAGGGACUCCCCCACCCAUGCCUCCGAAAAGACAUCCGCACGAGAUUGACAACCUUGCUAUCACUACAGAGUUCAGUCCUCCAUUACCUAUGAAAAUUGAGAACAAGCCUCCACCACCUCCUCCGAAGACUCGAAAGUCAAUGUUUCCCUCAUAAGAGAUGCCCCCCAGUAAGACAACACCUACGCACCCUCCUCGGAGUUUCAUUAAUUCCCUGAUUUGACUGUGUUGAAAGAGCAGUCUCAUUUUAGACGUCAUGGAAACGCCACAGUGGGGUACAGAGAGCAGGAAGGUCUGGGGAAGAAGCAGGAGUUUUUUGUUUUCAAUUUCUGCAACAGUAAUUUGUUUCUUUCAGGUCACUUUUAUUUCCAAGUUGUCCUGUGUUCUUAAAUUUGAACAACUAUUGUAGCGUUAAGCUGAUAGGAAGGGUCUGUCAUUAAAUAGUAGAACUGGAUGCAUGAUUUGGAACCAAUUUAAGGUACAGUCUUAGGUUCUGUGGGCUCAUUAAGGUAAUGAAAGACUCAUUCUUUCAAGAUAGGUCACCAGAGUAUAUAUUCUUUUUAAUCAGUUGCAAAGAAAAGGAAUGAAUAAUGGUCUGUCAUGUUUUUAUUUUUAUGUUUGUGUAUGGAGUGACACUGGAUGACUCACUUUCCCUCUAGCUGUUUAACAGUAUUUGCUAUACAGCCGGAGACAAAAGCUGCAUUAGAUAAAUGUCAGAGUUGAUUAAGAGGCAGGGAUUACUGUAUGCAGAAGGUAACUGUUAGUUACAACGCAGUUUGUUUGUGUCUGUUGAUCGUGUUUCGUUUAUUUGUAAAAGAACAGCCUUUUUUCCAACCCGCCAUGGUUUCAGAGACACUGGAUGGCAAUAUUGAAUGUGCUGCAGAUUCUGCAUUGUUAUUGUUGCUUAUGAUUAACCCAAUGCUGUACCUGUUGAUUCCUGAAUACACUACACUGCUAUGGGGGUGGUGUUUAGUGGGAAGUGUUGCCAAAAGACAUUUGAUGCCACUGUCAAAUCUGCAUUAAAUAUAUAGCCGGAGCCAAAAACAGGCAACUAUUCACCUCAAAGGCUCAGUUAGUUUUCUUUGUGUAUGUAGUUAGUGUUAUGUAUAGUUGCAGGGAAACCCCCUAAAUACCACUUACAGCAAUUUAAAGCUCAGUAGAUAUUUUUCAGACCAUCAUCUUGAGAAACAUUUAAAGCAGUAUCUCAGCUGAGCCAUCAUGAAAACUAGAGAUGUACCGAUCAGAUUUUUAUGGUUAGUUUUACAAGCUCCAGUUUUCUGCCCAAUUAUGGUUAUUUACAAUUUCCCUUAAACAGUGUUGCAUUGUAACUAAAUAAAAAUACAUUUCUAACCUUCUUGGGUGGACCUCCUUGUGCACCCUAGAACUAUUUUUUAUUUUAUUUUAUAAUUUGAUUAAUUUUGAUUCAAUAACUCGUCAAAACGACAAACCCAGAUAAACAGACAUGUAUAAAACAUGGUACCUAUCUUGGGGUAGAAAAUAUAGGCAAGUGGGGAAUAUAUCACAUAAAAAGUUAUGAAAUAGUUUGUUUUUGGGUAAGUGGGGGACAAGUGACCAAGAGCCCUUCCUGGUGUCAACAAUCAUUCAUUAUAUUUGAAGCAAAGGCAGCAUCUUGCUGCUUUUUUUUUUUUUACAAUUUUCAAAGACAAAAUGGUUACAGGGUUGACAUUUAAAACUAGCUUCGCAUCUUAUAUUUAUCUUAUAUUAGAGCGAUUAGCAUGGUUAGCAUCACAAAAGUUCUCACAGUUAGAGAAUGAUCCCUACCUUAUCUCUUGAGACUUCCAGAAUUCUGCUCAAAUUUCCAAAUCCACUGUUUUUCAUGACAGAGGCUGAAAACUGCUUGUUAUCCCACAGUCCUGCUUGCUCUCAUUAUUACGCUGCCUCAAUGAAUCUCAAACAUGUCUCGAUGUGAGAAUUUCUUUUUAAUACUUUUUUACAUCACAGUGCACACACCUCAUUUUAAUCUCACUUAUACUGAAAAUAGAUAACUUUUAGGGUUUUGUUCCUCAGUAUUGGCCUCCACAGUGUAUCGUUAACACUGGAAGGGUUUAGUAUGUUACAACUAGUUACCCAUCUAAACCAAUGAAGCUGGAAGUUUUCAUAUUCUGAUAACAAACUGAUUUUUUUUUUUUGUCUAUGCAUUUGUCUAUGCACUAGUAAAAGCAACAAAAUAUAUUACUAUCAUCAGCACUGUUUGAUUUGUUUAAGGAUAGUGUUUAUUUAUGCAUUCCAUUUUCUCCUCAGAAGUAGACAUUUUCAAGUUUAUAGUUAGAAGAAUUAGCAGAAAGAUCCCUAGAUGGUGGAACACUGAGCGGAAAAAUCAGUCGUUUACCACCAAUCCUAAUUUUAAAACCCAAUAUGGCUGCGUUUCAUAUACAAUUUUGUGACUUCUAAAAAUUUGUAUCUUGUUAAAAUGUUCACUCACAUCAUUAUACAACCUCCUUUAGUGAACAUACUGCUGAGGUGUUUGAAAGUGCAAAAUGCAAAGAAAUACAUUGUUGUUAGCCCUCAUUGCUAACUGUAGUUAGCCUGGUCACUGGGUGCAUCGACUUGCAAAUCCUAUUGGUGUUCUAGCUUGGUUCCAGAGCACGGUUGAGCUGCAAUAGAUCCAAGGUGUGACAUUAAAGGUACAUAAAACAUAGCCACCAGCGCUUGUUUGCCUGCAUCAGGUCGCACGGGACGUUCUCGCAGUUUUCUCCACUACACUUCUCUUUUAAGACGUUUGUUUUGAACAAAGAGUACUGUGGUUUAACAACUAAUCUUUUUUCAUUGUUUCAUUGCAUUUUACCUCUACAUCUCUUAAUCUGUUCAUAUAUUCAGUGCAAAUUCUGUAAUUAAUACCAAACUUUCCUCUGAGUAAUGCUAACGGCCACCCAAAUAAGCAGUUUGAUAAGCAUAGCCUUAAAAAAUCAUAUAAAACACAAAUUAAAUCUUGUUAAUGAGCACAUUUAUAAGGGUUUGGAUUUUCCAUCUCUGUGCUGAGUAUGUCUGCUUCAGGCUCCUGGUAAAUAAUUAUUGCAGAGGCAUAAAAGUCCUGAAAUGAAUUAAUUUUCUAAAUGUGUGUUGGUGGGACUUUAAAGAGCCAUAAAUACAAAACAUCUCUUGAGGUCACUUUAGCUUGAACUUUCAGGUGUCGUUUCUGUAAAACCUUUCAGAGAUUUGCACAGCCGCUGUGUAUAGAGGUGGCAUUAUGUUCCGCAGUCAUUUUAGUAGAUGCUGAACACUGUAUAUCUUUUUUUAAAGAACAAGUGCUAAAUCUCAUGAUGUUUUGAUAGAGAUCAAAUUAAACUGAUAAUUGUGUUGUCAUUAUUUUUCUAUUUUUAGACUGAUUGUUUUACAAGGGAUUAAUGUCAUUGUAUAAUGCAGAUUUCUUUAAAAAGCAACAAUGUUUAUGAACAAUGAUUCAACAGGCAUAUAGUGAUAUUUUUUUAAUGAACAAGAUGUUGACUGAACCAAAAUAAAGACUUUUUUUUUUUCUUUUUUAAAAAGGUUAA